CCCUUAGAUUCUAAUUUACACAUCAUAAAUGAUACCUAUAUCAGACCUCCUCCGGGCGUGGACCAGAACUUAACGAUCUUCAUCGGGAUUUCGACCAUUUAUGAGAAAAUUGAGGUUAGGGAAUGCAUUCGCAAGUUGUAUACACACAAUAAUGACGCUUUGGCACGGUAUCUCGGAGUCAAAAAAUCGCCCGUGACGAUUAGGUUUAUCCUGGGACUGCCAAAUGAUGAAUAUAAAGAUAAACUGGAGGAAGAAUCUAAAAUUUACGGGGAUAUUGUUAUUUUGAAUAUCACAGAGAACAUGGACAAAGGAAAGACGUUUGAAUAUUUCAAAUGGCUUGCUAAACAUAGAAAAGAUAAUUAUCUAGCCAAAAUCGACGAUGACGCUUUCAUUCACCUUAUUCACUACUAUCGUGACCUUCAAGACUUGCCGAGAAAACGUGCGUACUACGGCAGUGUGUACUUUGGCAAUGAUCUAGGUUAUCAUGCUACAUACUCGUAUAUGGGAGGUGCGGGAUUCACACUCUCUUACGACCUCGUUAUAGACAUUGCUGGUUCAGACUGGGUUAGUUUAAAUGUAAUUGGUUAUGAAGACAUUCUAGUGGGUGAUUGGAUAUGUCAUGUGGCUAAAGAGAAGAAGUACUUUGUACACUAUGUCGGCUUUUCAAACUGGCGGUCCAUCCGCCAAAAUCCUUUCCAUGACUUUAACGUGGAUCUGGACCUCCAUUUACCUGUCGAAGCCAUAUUGAUCCAUCAAAUAAAAGGCGUUGAGAGAUGGAAUGCCAUGAAGGAUGUGUACUUCGAAUACGAAGAGGGAUUGCCAAUGCUCAGAUUCAUUCAGAAUUCAACGACCAAUGGCCUGGUUACAAAGAGGGAGAUUAUUCCAAAAUGCUGGGAGAAAGAACAGAUCUGGAAUCAAACUUUGCGGUAUACCUACAAAAACUGGUUCUAUGAAGCAUGGGGUUUUAAGGAAGGGAAGUGGUAUGAAUAUUAUGGGCCUGUGGAUAAUAUAGAGAAUACAGGAUAG